GCCGUGACUUCAUCCAAAGUGCAAGAUUUCCAGUGUUCCUAUUUCCAGCAAAUUAUGGCACCGAGACGCCCGCAUAAUAAGUCGCGCAAUGGCUGCAACCAAUGCAAGGGAAGGCGCGUUAAAUGUGAUGAAGCAGUCCCGCGCUGCGCAACAUGCAUCUCUCGCGACGAAGAAUGUCAGUAUUCGCGGCCAGCUUCCACACGACACAAUCGUUCCGGUGCGAACUCCAACUCAAACACACUGAGUCCAGUCUCCGGCGGACCCCCGGCACCCUCGAUCCACCCAGCUGCAGGUACGCCUCGAUCCAGCACAGACAUGAAUCAAGACCUUGGUCUCAGCUAUAAUAUCAGCAAUGCACCCUUUUCGCCGGCAACAAGGCUCAGAGAACUCGAGUUGAUGCACCACUGGUGCACGAAAACGUGCCAUAGCUUCACUACUAAAUGUGCGAGCAUACUCCAAGGCUAUGCUGUCGAAGAAGCGCUGAAGCACGAGUAUCUCAUGGAGUCUAUCCUCGCGCUUACCUCUCUCCACAUCGCAAGCGAGUUGCAGGAUCCAGUCUCGGCGGCUCCCUAUGUCAGUGCAGCACUUCGAUACCAGAAUAAUACAAUCGCUCUCCUUCACAUGGUGUUGCAGAAUAUCACGCCGUCUAACUGCAAUGCUGUCUUCGCGUCGUCCUUAUUAAUGAUGGCUUGUACGAUUGUAUCGCCCCUCCUCCCCACUGGGGAGGAUGAUGAACCCACGUUGCCAACCAAGAGUCUUCUGCUCUUGUUCGAUUUUGUUAAAGGCAUCGAAUCUAUUGUGGGUGUGAGUCGCCAGUGGCUUGAAGGCGGUCCUUUCGGAAUCCUGUUCAGGCCUCAGCGCGAAGCUGAACCCCUCAGGGAGGAUCGGAUGAUGCCUCCAGUAAGACUUCUGAGGAAUUUAAAUGACGCCACCACUGGUAUGACCAACUCCCCCUUACACGGGGUCUACGAACGCGCAAUAGGACAAUUGGAAACAUGCUUUAUAAUGGAUCAGAACAUGGCACUAUCGUGGUUGGUUUUGGCGGGGACGGAGUUUAUGAAUGAGUUAAGGAAAGGCGAGCCGAUGGCCCAGAUAAUAUUCAUGUAUUGGGGCGUUCUGGUGGGCCAACUAGAUCAGAUGUGGUGGGCGAAGUAUUCAGGGAACAGGCUUGUCAAGGAGCUGUGUGUGAAUUUACUUGGACUUGGAAAGGAGUGGACCGAAGCUGCGAGGUGGGCUAUGGUACAGGUGGGCCAUGGAGAUAUAUUCUCCGAAGGUGAAGCUGAAUUCGCACCUACACAGCUCUGAAACCAGACAUGUGGCGGUGCAUUGAGGUGUGUAUCUUAAGUGCUUUGCGGCCACUACCACUGUCUCCUAUCUCAGAGGAGAAAUGCUUCAUAAACCAUUUCCAAGGAGAUAUACGGGUUGCAAACCUGCCGCGGAGGUCAGAAC